AUGUCGGAGUUAAAGUAUCUGACUGGCUUUGAUUCGGAAUUCACAAGUGAAGACCCGCGUCGGCCUGGGGCUCUACCAGUGGGACAGAAUAGUCCCCAAAGAUGUCCAUACGGACUUUACGCGGAACAGCUGUCUGGUAGUGCGUUUACUGCUCCGAGAAAUGAAAACAAACGCUCGUGGCUUUACAGAAUCCGUCCAUCCGUGGUGCAUAAACCGUUCAAAAGGUCGAAUAUUGCCAAGUACUUAACACACAACUGGAAUGAAGCCGAACCGGAUCCGAAUCAAUCUCGCUGGUCACCUUUCGAUAUACCAAAUGAAAAGGUGGAUUUCGUCGCCGGCUUGCAUACAGUUUGCGGCGCGGGCGAUCCUCGAGCACGCAAUGGAAUCGCCAUCCAUGUCUACCUUUGUAACAGCACAAUGGAAAAAAGUGCUUUUUACAGCAGCGAUGGUGAUCUACUUAUUGUACCACAACAAGGAGUUCUGAAGAUAACAACCGAGUUUGGGAAAAUGGAGGUUGCACCAAAUGAAAUCGCUGUCAUUCAACUUGGAAUGAGAUUUGCUGUAGCUGUUGAUGGACCUACAAGGGGAUAUAUCCUCGAAGUAUUCGAUGGUCAUUUUAAGCUUCCGGACCUUGGACCCAUUGGUGCCAAUGGACUGGCCAACCCUCGGGACUUUCUUACACCAGUCGCUUGUUACCAUGAUGAAGAAAUACCAGGAUUCAAAAUAAUAAGCAAAUACCAUGGAGUGUUGUUCGAAGCUGAACAAAAUCAUUCACCAUUCGACGUUGUGGCGUGGCAUGGCAACUAUGUACCUUACAAAUACGAUCUGAGCAAGUUUAUGGUCAUCAAUUCUGUAUCUUUUGACCACUGUGAUCCAUCAAUAUUCACAGUUCUGACUUGCCAAUCCACCAAACCAGGGGUCGCUAUAGCAGAUUUUGUUAUUUUUCCACCAAGAUGGUCGGUUCAAGAGAACACUUUUAGACCCCCGUACUACCACAGAAACUGUAUGAGCGAAUUCAUGGGUCUGAUCCUGGGGUCAUAUGAGGCUAAGGAAGGUGGCUUUCUUCCCGGCGGAGCCUCUUUACACUCCAUGAUGACUCCACACGGCCCUGAUGCCCAAUGCUUUACGGCUGCUUCAACAGGUGAACUUACUCCACAGAAAAUUGCCGUCGGGACUCAGGCGUUCAUGUUCGAGUCAUCUCUGAGUAUGGCCAUCACGAAGUGGGGAGCUGAAACGUGCCAAAAACUCGACCCUCAAUAUCAUCAAUGUUGGCAGCAAUUGCCCAAAUUGUUUUCUAAUCAUUUAAAUGUCUAA